CUAAACUGCUUGAAGCUUUCCGUGUUGUUUGUGUUCAUGUCGUCGUUCGUCCUGAGUUCCUGUGUCAAUCCAAAUCAGUGGUGGAGUAAUACUUGGACUUUAGCCCAUUGGCUGGCCUUUGGUCAUUGAAGGCAGCAAGCCAUGGCUUCAAUGCUGACGAAGGUGAAACAGGCCGUUUCUAAAAAGAAGCGGCGGUUUACUGAUGAUGGAUAUGACUUGGACCUAACCUAUAUCACUCCGCAGCUUGUCGCCAUGGGGUUUCCUGCCGAAAAAAUCGAGGGACUUUACAGGAAUCACAUGGACGAGGUGGUUCGGUUUUUCGACAGCAAGCAUGCAGACCAUUACAAAGUAUACAAUCUGUGUUCUGAAAGAAUCUAUGACACAUCCCGCUUUCACGGCAGAGUUGCUCUGUAUCAGUUCGACGACCAUAAUGCACCUCCGUUUGAGCUGGUGCAGCCGUUUUGCAGCGACGUUGAUGAGUUCUUGAAUCAGGACCCAAAAAAUGUUGCUGUGGUACAUUGUAAGGCAGGCAAGGGCCGCACGGGUGUUAUGAUUUGUGCAUUUUUGUUACACUGUCGGAAGUUUCCCUCCUACAAGGAGACCCUGGACUUCUAUGGAACCAAGCGCACGCAGAACAACAAGGGUGUGACCAUUCCAAGCCAGCGGCGGUAUGUCAAAUACUACGAGCACUUUGUACGGCAUAGCCUCACGUAUAGUCCGUGCACGUUGCUAUUACACAAGCUCAUCUUCGAGGGCAUCCCAACCUUAUCAGGAAGUGGCUGCUCUGCGCAGUUUACAAUCAGACAGGCGAAAGUCAAGAUCUACACGUCCAGAGUGUAUGAGGCUGACCGCGACAAGGGAGAUUUCAGUGAACUUGAGCUAGUACCGCCGACGCCUGUUUGUGGUGACAUCAAGAUUGAGUUCUUCCACGCGCCGAGAUACCGGACGGAAAAGAUGUUUCACUUCUGGCUCAAUACCUUCUUCGUCAACCACAAUUGUUUGGAUGAUGGUGGUAUUUCAACGCACGCGGUGCGUGCGAGUGCAUCGUCUUCAGCGUCGUCGGCCGGUGUGGGUACCACGGUUUCCAAUGACAGUAUUGGUAUGGCAGCACAUCACGUGCGGACUCAGCACUGUGCCCCGUCGGCGUCCGGCCCGAUUCGAACGCACGGCCAUGCGUCCGCAUCCAGUCACAGUGCGGGUGCCUCCGCAGCUGCGUAUGCGCCGGAUAGUGUAGCGGAAGAGCAUCGGCAUGCUGAGGCGGCUACCCUCAACAGCAGUGUCAAAUCGUCCGAGUCAACCAUUUCUAAUCUUGCGCCCCGGAGCCAGCUUUACACCUAUCAGACUUCGUCCAACUUCCGCGUUGUGACAAUCUUACAUCAAAACCUCGACAAAGCCAACAAGGAUAAACGGCACUAUCCGCCCAAUUUCAAGGUUCACUUAGUCUUCAGCGGUUUAAAUCAGCCAUCAUCGACAUCUGACCUGCCGCAAAAUGCCGACGCCGUGUCCUCUACUUCUGAAGAGGACUUGUACAAUUACUCCGACACCGACCCAGAGGACUUUGAGGAUUGGAAUCAGCCCCAGGGUGGUACACUAAAGGACGGUUCGACUGUCGUAUGACCCUGUAGUGUGCUAUAUUUUUCUUACUUGUCCACUCUGUUAUCGUCAUUGUCAUCGUCAGCUGUAGACUAUUGUGCUUCAUCUAUUUUCUUUUGUGUCUAGAUAGUCGUCAUUGUCGUAUGCUGUGUGCAAUCGUCCGUCGUCCCGCUGUACAGGACGUCUGUUCUGUGCCUUGCGCCUUGUUCUAUUAUGUGUUCUUUUCUAUACUGUUUAGCGCUAUGCCUAGCUUGUUGUGCCCGUAGGAUAUUUGUCAUUUUGGCUCCUGUUUUGAGCAUGUCCCCUUAGCCCAGGCUUCAACCCUCGUUCCGACUCGAGCGAAUUAAGUUGAUUGCUCGUUUGUCCCCGCGUCUGUGUCCUUGUGCUCGUGUUGUUGUCAUCGUCUCCGACCACUUGUUCACCCCCAGCUUCAUUGAUGGCUACUCAACCCCCGCCUCUUCCCAAUAUUUCCUCUACUGUUUGCACUUUCAUACCUUUGUCGCUCCUGACCACACAGCUGUAUGCCCUCAUGCAGCAUGCUGCUGCUGUUGCUACCGUUUUCCGUACUAUCAAUACUGCUGUGUGUGUGUGUGUGUGUGUGUGUGUGUGUGUGUGUGUGUGUGUGUGUGUGUGUGUGUGUGUGUGUGUACUGUCCGGUGUGUACUGUCCGGUGUGUGCCAAUGCCUCUUGAGAGCUCCAACUUCUCUGCUCCGUGCGUGUAUAUUAUAUGCUACAGUGCUGGCUGACUUGUGUUCUGUACAUGGAUGUAAUAGUAUGUGAAAUGUUGUGUACAUGUGAAAGCUAAUGUGGUUUGGUGGCUUGUCAGUUUUGUUCACAUUUUGGGAGCCUUGAUUAAUUAAAUUUACCAGCCAUCCCAUACUUUGUGUUCAGUACUAUUGUUCUUUUUAUUUAUUUGUCAUUUUAUGCAACGAUCAUGUCCCAUGAACAUAGAACGUCCUCAUUGAAACAAUGACCUCAUUGCCUUCUGA